AUGGCAACGAAAAAAUUCCCAAGGAAACAUAAUAAACGACCAAAGCUCAAAGGUGGUCCAAGACCAAGUCCACGUCUGGUCGAAGGUGUGGGAAAAAGCACUCUUGGAAAUUUUCUUGUUGGGGCACUACAGGGUAAUGAACUUUUCCCUACCUCUGCAAAAAUGGAAACUGUUACAAAAGUGUGUUCUGCAGGAAUUAUGUUAAUCGACGACGUACAAUAUAACAUAGUUAACACACCUGGACUUUUUGACACUGAGCAAGGUUCAACUCCGAUACUUGAAAAAAUUUCCGAGGUUGUCAACAAAUGUGCUCAUGGGGUUAAGGCUAUCCUUAUUGUGUUCGAAGCCCAAAGGUUUACUAAUGAACAGAGGAAUGUUUUAGAUAAAAUAAGAAAGUUUUUAGGAAAAGAUGCAACCAAUAACAUUAUUUUAGUUUUUUCAAAGGCAAAUAGAGUACAGACUAAUAAUAAAAAUGUAAUGGAAAGAGAUUGUGUCAGAACUGUUAGUUCUUUUAUUCAAGUUAUUGGAAACCGUUGGGGCAUCUCUCCGAACCCUGACAUUUUUCCGCCUGAUGAAGAAACUUUUAGAGUACGACUAAGGGAAAUCAAGGAUUUGAUCGUUAGUAUACAGGGAGUUUAUACCACCACUCAACUUGAGAAAGACCGGGAACUGAUGAAGUUUAUGGUGGCUACAGCCUUUACAUUCAUUACAGCCAUUGUAACUUUUGGAAUCCUUGAUGGUGGGGCUUUGUAG